AUGUCGUUUCUACCCCAACGCUGCGCUCGGCAGCUUCUCCGCGAGCCCUUCCAGCGCCGCUCAUUACCUCUUUUCCUGACCCCCGCCUUCUCCCCCUCUCGCGUCCAAUGCUUCUCCUCUACCUCCCCGGCGCAAUCCCGUAUCGGAGGUGCUCCCAUCUCCGUUCCCCCCGAGGUAUCAUUGAGCCUCAUUGAUGCACCCAAUUUCGGCACUCAAGGCCGAGGAAAGUCUGCCAGCAAGGUUUCCGCGCAUAUCAAGGGUCCUAAGGGCGAAUUGACCCUUGAAAUCCCAUCUUUCUUGACUGUUAACCACGAUACAGUUAGCCAAAAGGCUACGCUGUCUAUUAUUGACGCCGAGGAUCCUCACCAGCGUGCUAUGUGGGGUACUAUUCGCGCGCACAUCCAGAACCAUAUCACCGGUGUCUCAGAGGGACACAUCUGUAUUCUUUCCAUGGUCGGUGUCGGUUACCGUGCCACUAUCGAGACUACCGCUACCACCGUCACCCCAACAUACCCCGGCCAGAAGUUCGUUUCCCUGAAGGUCGGAUUCUCGCAUCCCAUUGAACUGGGUAUUCCCGAAGGCGUUGAGGCUAGCACACCACAACCGACUCGUAUCUUGUUGGAGGGUGUGGAGAAGCAAAAGGUGACGCAGUUCGCGGCGCAGAUCCGUGAAUGGCGACGACCGGAGCCUUACAAGGGUAAGGGUAUCUUUGUCAAUGGAGAGACUAUUAAGCUCAAGGCGAAGAAGAUCAAAUGA